CAAGGCAGGCUUCUUGUUGCCUUCGCGCGCUGGCGAUCGCGGUCGAGCCUCGAUUCGCCGAUCAGUAUCCGUUGGCAAGUAUUCGCGACGGUGUCCCUUAAAAUAUCGCGGGAGGACCACUCUGCGAUCGGGAGACGAAGGCGCAGCCGGGAACACCCAAUUUUUCCUAGGUGAAAAUUUCGCCGCUCGAAGACGGAGGAGUGCAUCCGCGGCUCGAAUUAGAGACUAAGGUCGGCCGCGGCAGAGAGGGUCCACGGCAGGGGUGAUUUCCCGAAUGCUGUGGGGUAGGGAGGAGCCAUCUUGCGGCCGGUUUCAGGGCAGCCACCAAUUGAUUCAUCCCCACCGCCGCUCCAUUACUGGAAGGAAGGGGCGUCGAUUCAAUUCCAGGGCUAAAAAACUGUCCGCGAGGCGUGGCUCCGGCCGUAAUCCGUCCGCGCCGGUUGGCCGGGAAUGGAGUGGCACCGGUGAACCCACCACCCGGUCGGCGAAUCCCCAGCCGGUGGGCGGAGACCGAAACCAGUUUGGGCUCCGCGUGCAGAGGGGAGCCGUUGACUUGACUCUCCAGGCAGAUAGUGCUGUGCCGUUGGCUCGUGCCGUAGUGGUCCUAACACUAACAGGACCCUUGCCAGCUAGGAAUCCCAGGAAUUCGUGGGUUACGUGGCCGAAUUCGCCGCAACAGACCCGUCGGACCGGACCCGCGUUCCCGAUCACGUCAGCUGAUCAGUGUUUUCGUCAGUGACGGCCGCGCGACGCAAGUCCCCAGGUGCGGCCCCGUAGCUUCUGCCGGGCCAGUGUUGAUCUACCUAGUGCUACACCGGUGUCCCCGUCAACGGGGACCAGCCGCCUCGGUGACUUUUCUUGUUCCGUGAACCCGGCGCCGUUGCCGAAGACGUACCGUCGAGGACUCGCUGGCCAGGGACCAGCAUCCGGACUCGAACGGCGCGCGUUCGCGUCGAUGACAGUCGACGAGAGAUCAUUCGAGUGACUCCAGUGACACUUCGAGAGGAUUGUUAUUGUGCGCGAGCCGUAGAACUAUCGAGACUGACCCGUGUCAACCGUGCGCGACGAAGCAACCUUCGCCAGGCUCGGUGAUUCGAACGUCGCACCCUGGGAGAGGACUCUCGGGGACAUCGAUUUUCGGGGUAUAGUCGAGGAGGCGGUACUAUGUCGUUGUCGAGACACAUUCGAAGCUAUUCGUCCACGUCCGAUCGGGGAUUCGUCGUUUAAAGGCGAAACAGCCCGAGAGCUCACCUUCCGACGGCACCUGAACCGACCACUUCCACGCGAGCUCUCCUCGACCACUCGUAACGAUACACCGGCCGCUAAUAUCCCGCGAACCAACGACGAUCUCAGAUGGCCAAAGUGAACGUGACCGGAAGCACUGGCCGCGAAACAAAGAGCUAACCGCAGAGCGAGUGCUGCCGGGCUCGAGAAGAUGUAAACAAAGAAGCCGCGAUCCGCUCUGAUUACUGGAAUCCUAAAGACCUUUGCGCGUCGACUCGCGACACGUUCUGGGAGCAGGCUGCCAGCGAACUGGAUCGGUUCCGAUGAGCACAGAGGACCGAUAAACGUCGGCGGAGUAGCAUCGAUCGGUGACAGAGGUGUUUAAAUGCAGAGGAAGUGAGGCCUCUCCCGCGGAGAGACAGCCAGUCAUCAAGUUGGUACCCAACAUGGUCCUGGAACCAGGAGGUGGUCUGUCCUUCCCAGUGCCUCCUGGUAGCGGUUCCGCUGGUUCCGGUGGUUCCCUGCUGACGCCGGCCAGGCUCUUCCAGAGGGCGACACCUGUGUUUCCGUUUCAUCUGACAGGAUGGCCACCGCAUCACCCGGUCCUCGGACAGGUUCAAAGUCAGGUUCAAACGAUGCAGGCCCAGCAUCAGGCGGCCGCAGCUGCAGUCAGGUACCUCAGCCAUCAUCAUCCUCAUCAUCCGCAUCCGGCGCUGGGGAACCACCCUCUGGUGCCAGCGAUAACUAGCCACCAUCCGGCCGCCCAUCAUCUUCAUCACAGUGUCGUUCACGCCAACGAGGACGAGGAGAAGAAAGGAUGCGACGGCGAAUCGGACGAAGGCGGUGGCAAGAGACGAAGGAGCAGGACCAACUUCAGUAAUUGGCAAGUGGAACAAUUGGAGGAGUCAUUUCGCUUGAGUCAUUAUCCCGAUGUCUUUCUGCGGGAAGCUUUGGCUGCGAGGCUCGACCUGAAAGAGAGCCGCGUCGCCGUGUGGUUCCAGAAUAGAAGGGCAAAGUGGAGGAAGAAGGAGCACACGAAAAAGGGUCCAGGAAGGCCGGCGCACAACGCUCAUCCUCAGAGUUGCAGCGGCGAACCGAUUCCGCCGGAAGAACUGAGAAGAAAGGAGCGAGAAAGGCGACAGAAGAAAUUGUUGAAGGCUCUGGAACGACAGCAGAGGAAGCUGGCAUCGAAGGGCAUCACGGUGGACCUGUCAACGCUGAAGGCCGAGUGGGAGUCCCGCAGUGCAGCCGCCCCGGCCGGCAACUUGCUGAACGGCGCGUUGAGCAAUUCGUUCAAUCACCUGACGAACAACAACGAGAGCAGCAGCGUGUCAGGUUCCGGGAACGACGCGAACGAGGAGAUCGACGUGGUCGGCGGCUUGGAUUCGUGCAGCGAGAGCGGAAGCGAGCGGGUUGACUCCGCGGCGGACGGUUCGGUGGACGGGGAGUGUCACCCACGGCUGUCCGGCAACUCGGGCGACCCGGCGAACCCGCGGAGAACCGUGAACCAAAUCGCCGGCAACCUGCAGAACACGAACUCGAGCCUGAGCCUGGACCACCUGAACCACCAGCAGGGCAUCCACCAUUGGGGCCUGAGCCUGCUGGAGAGAAGACGGGAGCUGGUGAGCAUGAACAACGCGGGCGGAGCUCGCCAGGCAACGAACAACGCCGGCAACCCGGAGAGGACGUCGGCCAGGCAGCAGCAGAUCAGCGAGGAGGACGUGCAGAGCAGUAGCAUAGAUCUGUCCGUGAAGGGCAGGGAGGAGAGGAAGAGGCUGAACCCGUUCUCGAUCGACAGCCUCCUGGGCAACAACCGAACCAGCACGCCUGGCCUCCACGAGUACAGGGCCUCGACGCCCACGCUGUCGAACGGCAGGGAGUCGAGCAGCCCCACGUCGCCGAUCUCGGUGCCCACUUCGCCCUCCACGACGUAGUGACUCUAGAAACCGACACCGAGGCGUUUGCGGACUAGUUUGAACGCUUCCCGGGCCAGGAAAAAAGAAACAACUGGCCCGGGACAGUUUGGUUCGAUCGACAACGAAGUGAUGGGCCAGUCACGAACACUAUCGAGAACAACGAGACGAGCGUUGAGGUCGAGAGAAGGAGGCGACAGUUUUUAGAGUAGCAUCGUAGUAGUUGGCAGAAGGGAUCAGAGAGGUCUUUAGGUAAUUUCGAGGAAGACUUUAGGUACUAAUUGCGGCCGGCUCUUAGCCGGGUUGGCACACCGCGGGGGUUGCUGGCCGGGAGUCGGGAUCUGAUUCCUUCGGGGUCAUCCGUACGACUGAUGAACGAUCGCGCGAGGCGGAGAACGAGACGGGACGAGACGAGACAAGAUGUGCUGACCGAUCGAAGGGAGGGCUUAUAUCAGUUUCGACAUAUCUGCAUCGAGUGCGUGAGCGAUGAUGUGUGUUGUUGUCCUGCGAUCCCAUUCUUCUGUCCCGCUAGAAACGAGAAUGUGCAAUAAAACACGGACGGCUCUCUUUUUCUUUUCUUCUUCUUCUUCCUCUUCUUCUUCUUCUUCCUUUCUUUCUUUCUUUUUUUUUUAUUUGUUCUGACACGAGGAACGAUUGGAUGCGGCUGCGUGUGGACGGACGUGUGCGUGCGAUAGAGGACCGUGUGUACGUGUAUUUAAUGUAAAUAGCUCGGAGUAUGAACGAGACUCGUUUUAUUUAAUUGUACCGUAGCCGAUUAUCCCAGUACGUCGAGACGCGGAUAUUAUUUAAAAAAGCAAUAGCAGAUUUCGCCUGGCACCAACCAGUGUAUAUAUAUAUAGAGAGAGGGAGAGUAAACAGGUUGAUCUAGCAAGGAAGCUGAGACGCGAAGCGGUACGCAAAACCCUGGAACCAGGAUCUCCCCGUUUUCCGUUCAUUCGCAACGGACGAGACUGACGGCCGACAUAUGUGAGACACGGGGGAGAGGGGAUGUUACGAGAUGCCAUAAAAUCUGGGAUGCGAGACAGUAUCUACCGUAUAUUCAUUUCAAAUAUAUUAAUUUAUUCUCAAGACUA